CCUCCGAAUUUGGCGGCGGAGGAGAUUCGCCCACUCCACUCGUCGUCCCUGUCGUCGCCCGUUCUUGUCCCCGCCCACUCUCGUCUCGCCAAAUCGAUCACUCGUCCCAUCCUUCGUGAUUUCGUUGGAUCUGUUGGCAUAAAGAAAAAGGGAAUCUGGGUUCUAAAGUGGGUUGUCGACUACCUCUACUAUGCGACAUCGAAGCCAUCUUCUUGCUCUGGGUUCUAGGUCGAGCACAAAGGACGAAUCUGGAUUCCUAGGUUGAAACGCGGAGGUCGAAUCACAGUCGAAGUUUGAAUCUUGACGCCGAUCCCAUUCGAAUCGAACUCGAGGUACUUGCAAUCCAUUGCCGGUCCUGCCCUGUUGCAACGAGGAGGCGGUCAGGGAAUAUGGGAUUGGCUUUCCCUUGCUUGAUGGGUAUAUGUGAUUUUUGGGUUUUGCUUUCCAAUUGUUUACUUAGAAUAUAAUUUUUGGUCUGCAAUUUUUAGGUUUCUGGGUUCAUGUUUGUUUAACAUCAAGUUGAUACUAUUCAUUGAUCUCUUGUUGGUUCAUUGCACUAUAUACAUUUUGUAUUAGUAACUUUCCAGCAACUUUAAUUAAUUGUUUGUGUGAUUCUUUGAUUUGCAAUUAUCCAUCUGUACAUAAUAUUGAUGAUGGAAGAGGAAGAAGAAAGAACGAGUAAGGAAGCAGAGACGAAGAACACAAACAUAGGGAAAGAACACCUAUUGAAUAAGAGUGAUAAAAAUGUACUUUUAGGCCAUCCCUUUAAAUUCCUGCAUUCCCAUCCAAACAAUAAUUUAAGCCAAAUCACUCAUUUAAAUUACCUGGGUUUUCGGGUGAGUGAUUUGAGCUCAAAUCACUCUCAAAUUUCUCAAAUUAAAAUUCCGCAUCCAAACGACCCCCAAAAAUCAAAUCAGAUCCACAUCCUUUCGUAACCCAUUUAUCGUCGAUUCCUCUCCCUAUUCAAACCCCUAUUGGGUAACUGGGCAUGUAUUCGACAGAUUUAGGAAGAUUUGCCUUUUCUUGGCGAUGUUCAUUCAGAGCUAGUGUAGAGAGAGAACGGGGCGACACCGACUAACGAUGAACAACGAGCAUUCGAAAGGGCUUGACGGUGGCGGAUUUUGAAAUCCUUAGUUUUUCGACCCUACCGAGAAAUCUCUUGCUAUGCUUCCUUUGUGCAUUGUUGCUUGAUUCACUAUUGGAUUCAAAAUUUGAUAACUUGAUUAUUUUAAAAAAAGUGUGAAAUUUUAAUGUUUUAACUUUUUGAAAAGAAAAGGAAGAGAAAAUGUUGGUGCUUCCAUUUUUGGAAAAAGAAAGGUGGAAUUUUAGUGCUUUUGAUUUAUGACAAGACAAAGAAGUUGAAAAUUUUGCUUUUUUAUAUAUGGAAAGAGAAAGAAGGAGAACAUUUUGUGUUUUCAAUAUUUUGUGCAAAGAAAUAAGAAGUUUUUUUGUGCUUUCAACUUUUAAGUAUUUCAAAGUUUUAGUCUUUCAAAUAUGAAUCUUUAAUUUCUAUGAGAGACAUGACUAAUUGACUAUAUUAUAGCCUUAUAUGGAAUAACUAAUUGACUAUAUUAUAUUUGAGAACCUAUCAUGAAUUAUCUCAUCUUCAAUAUAAUAUUACUUGAACUAUCUCAAAUGCAUAUUACUUUACAUUGUGAAUAAAGGGUCAGACUGGCGUACGUCAGGCGUAUACUAUACGUCAGGUACUACUAGUGAGAUAUCUCUAUCUAGACCAUGAAUUAAAUCGAGUUUGUGGUAUGAUACUAUACCCUAACCUCUAAUGGAUAAACCCCAGUCACUGAUUUCCUUAACCCCAACCUAAAGUUUGAUUUAAUGAGAAACAAAAAUUGACCGUUGAGAUCGGUCGGAGCUCAUCUAAGUACAUCUAAUGGCUAGAUCACCUGACGUAUGGUAUACGCCUGACGUACGCCAGUCAUUACCUAUAAAUCAUAUACUUAAUUACUUAUCAAUUUCCUUAUCACAAUGUUUACAUGUGAAGGUUUUGAACUUUAACAUUUAGUGACUAAGAUAUUGUCUAUAGUAAAUCUUAUAACAGCCUUAUAGGACAUGAGUCACAUGACUAAUUGGAUAUGGUAGAUUUGGGACAUAUCAUGAUCCAAUCUCAAUAACGUCACUCGAACAAUCACAAAUGCAUGCUAUUUUACAUUAUAGAUAAUAUACUUAAUUAUUUAUUAAUGUAAUUAUCACAAUCUUUAUAGAUUAUGAGUUAAGUGUUUAUCCUUUAGUAACUAAGACAUUGUUUGUAGUAAACCUGGUUAUAGCUUUAUAGGGCAUGACUAAUUGGAUAUGAUGUAUUUGAGAACCUAUCACGAGUCAUCUUAUCAUAAUAAAGCAAUCGCUUACUUUAUGGUACACAUAACCUAGCACCCAUUAUACGAACCAAUUUAACAACUUCUGAUAAACAACGUACUUAUCGAGGUAUAUGAACUAAUUUGAUUAGUUUUAGGGUAUGAUGUUAUAUAAUUUGAAGUUUAAGAUACAUGUUUAGGAGAAAUUUUACAAUGUUAUAUAGUAUUGGUGCUAUAGGUUUUUGCCUUUAUGGUACAACUUUAGAUUGUACCUAUACUUUUUGUACAAAUUCUUUUAUGGUACAACUUGAACUUGUACCUUUAUGUGAUGGUACAACUUCAAGUUGUAAAGUUGUACCAUAACAUAAUGGUACAAAUUGUUUUAUGGUACAACCUAAACUUAUACAUUUAAUGUUAUGGUACAACUUUGAGUUGUACAUUAAAGCACCAAUGCUAUAUAGCAUAGUAGAAGUGCUCCUAUGUUUAGGAUUGUUUUUGGAUUUAAUAACUAAAUUAAAAAACUUCACUUAACGAUUGUACUUUUUUCUAUGCUUUUACUUUUGUUGCAACAUCUACGUUAUAUUAUCGUUGUUUUACAACGAUGAAGCGAUAUGGCCCAUUUAAGUUGUGAUCGAGUUGCAUAUUGGUUUCAAAAUGAGAGCUAAUUUUGGUAAGUUGAGUCAUACGAUUGUAAUAACCCAAUCAUUAAAAGGAUAUAAAAUUAGUUAAGCACUUUGCCAAGUUCUUUUUUAUACUUUUGUUAGUGCUUCUACCAAAUAACUUUUAUAAGUACAUAUAUGAGGUAAAAAUAAAUUUUUUAGAAAUUGCGAAAAAGUGUUUGGAAUUACGGAGUAAAGAGUAAGUAACACAAUAUGUUGACCUGAACGACCUGCAACCCGCCUGAUCCGUAACCCGAUGAACCUGAAACCUGUUUGACCUACACCGAUGAACCGCAACCAGGCUGACCCAUAACCCAAUCAACCCAUAGCCCGAAUGACCUAAAACAGAUAAACUCGAACUCGACUGACCUGGAAGCCUAUGAACCCAAAACUCAACUAACCCAUAACCUUAUUGAAUCCAAACAGAACCUGCCCGAACCCACACAAUUGUCACCGUUAUGUAUGAGUGGGAGGGAUAUUAGCACCAUCAAGCUGUUAACUAAGCUCAUCAUAGAUGCACUAUGUUAUGUAAUUACUGGAUUUUGAGUAUAGUUAGCAGGCAAUCCCAUUAGGGGUGUGACUCCUCUCGUUAUUUUCUUUGAGUUCUCUUUAGAAAGCAGAAACCAAUUUUCAGAUGGUGUUGGGACUGCCGUCGGCGUUCCUUAAGCGACCAGUGGUAGCCUCUUUCCCUUUUCGUUUCGUUUUUUCAUGUUCUUCUUUUGUUUUGUCCUCUCAUUACUUUUCGUCGGUUCUCUUCUCUUUUCUUUUGCUAUGGCUUCUGCCCUUCUAGUGCUUUUCUUUCCCGUUGCUAGGAUUUCUUCCUCCCCUUUAAUGGGUUGAUCUUUUGAUCUCCGAUCUGUUGUUUCAUAUCUGGAGAUGUGUCCGAUCUUAGAUGCAAAAUGGAGGCUAGAUCUUUCAUAGAUCUGGCUUGUUUUCUCCUCUUCUUUCCUUUUCUUACCUCCUUGUUUCACUUUGCAGAGCUUGGUGAUUCAGAGAUGCAUCCUUUGGCGAGGACACAAUCUGGAGAGCUUGAAGGCAGAUGAUUUCGUCCCUCUGAUUCCUUCGCUGGGUCAUUUUGAUAGUUUCCCUUGUGUUGGUUUGACGAAAGGCGGAUGUCGAUUUGGCUCAGGGUGGUUAGCAUGGAAGGUGUCCUUCCUCAUCCCACCAUCCGAUUUCGGCUGAAUCAGAUCCCUCCUUGGCGCGUGGUGGCAGUGGCUGGUGGGGGUUGGCGGUGCAUGCACAUCAAGUGUCGGUUGAGGUUCGGCCGCUGCGGUGGAGGAUCUUAGAGGGAUGCAAAAGGCGGCUAGCGUUUGCAGGACUUUGACAAUGCUUUUGUCCUUGGUCCCAUUGGGUUCCAGAUUGUAUUUUAGGCUUUUUUGUUUGGGUCUUCUAACCCUUGUAACUUUUUGCUUGUAUCAUUUCUGGUUGGCCUGACCAUUUUGAACUAUUUAAAAAAAAAAGUGAGGUAGUAUGCAGGUGAAGCUAUCUUGUUAUGUAAUGUAAGAGAGGAUUUGUUAAUUACCCCCUCAAGAUCCACACACUUGAUACCAAUUAAAAUGAAUUUCAAAACCACCAUGAAGUAUCGUCGUAAGUUUCCAAGAAUAUGUAUGUGUUGGUGUUGUAACUGGGAUGAGUAUCGAUCAAUUCGGUUAAGAACCGGAUCGGUUGAGAUAGGAUCUUACCAAAAACAAAGAAAAUUUGAGGAUUAGAACAUAUCCAAAGCAUGUUGGGUUCAUUUGGUUUGAUUUAGUUCGGUCCAAAUUCAAUCUCCAACCAUAUUUUUAAUAAAUAAUUCAUAAGUCCAAAACUGAGUUACGCUUCUAUUCAGUUCAAAUAUGGAUUGAUUCGAUGUGAAUCGAAUCGUUGCCCAUGAAUAAUAAGCUAAAAAGUAUAGACCACUGCCCAAACACACAAACGAGUCUAUUAAUUAACAAAGUAAAUGAAAAUGCAACAAGUCAAUUAUUAUCAUAAGUACAAUGGAAAAAAAAAACAUAAAACCAAAGAAGGAAGAGUUGGGUUAAAGAAACAAAAAAACAUGGCGUGUGGCAGAAAUGAAAUUAGAGGGUUUCGACUUCCAAUUCAAGCUCCCACUGCUGCUGUUUGCAAAACACGUGUAGUGGGUAUAAUCCCAAAUUAACACAUACGUGGCCCCUCAAAUCAACACUUCCCCACCAAGUGUCCCCUCCCAACGCCUAAUCACAAUCAACCUUCCCCUCCUCCUCCUCCUCCUUCUUCUUCUUUGUCUUUUUCCCUAAUUAAACCACUCAUCAUUAAUUACGACAUUAACACUCUGACGGGCCGCCCCUUAAUCACCAAUUAAAUAACUUGACACAUUAAUUUAUUCACUUACAAAAAGAUUUAGACCUUUUUUCCCCCUCGCUCGUCGACCUAAAGAUUUCCUUUUAUUCUUCUUAUCCACCCUUUAAGCACCAUCAUCAACUCUCCCUCCUGCAAACAUCCGCUGCCGCACCCGCAAAAAACUCUCCAACGCCGUCGCCUCCUCCGCCACCGCCAGACCAUGAUCGUCUCUUACCGAGAAUGCCUCAAGAACCACGCCGCCUCCAUGGGCGGCCUUGCUCUGGACGGCUGCGGCGAGUUCAUGCCCGCACCAGAUGCUUCCCCUCUCCACCCCACCUCCCUCAAAUGCGCCGCCUGCGGCUGCCACCGCAAUUUCCACCGCCGCCACCCUUCCUCCGGCCACCACCACAUCCAGCUCCCUGCUCUUCAGUGGACCACCCACCACCACCACCACUCCUCCAGCCCCAGCCCGGGUCAGACCAGUUCGGGCGGCGCGCCGAGCCCGACUCCGUCUCCCCCCGCCGCCGCCGCUUCCCCAACUCCCCAUCACUCCGUCUACCCUUCCGCACCCCAGAUGCUCCUCGCCCUCAGCUCCGCCGCCGGCGAGCCUCUCUGCCCUGGCGAUUCGAACCCCCACUAUCGGAAUCAGGCGGUUCAGAACGUGAAUCUGGGGGAAAUGGGUUCGCUGAGGAAAAGGGCGAGGACCAGAUUUACGCCGGAGCAGAAAGCGAGGAUGCAGGAUUUUGCGGAGAAAUUAGGGUGGAAGAUGCUGAGGGGGAAAGAGGACAAGAUUGUGGGUGAUUUCUGCAGCCAGAUCGGGGUUCGGAGGAACGUGUUCAAGGUCUGGAUGCAUAACAACAAACACAGGAAGGAUAAGGGCAGUAAUGGAAACAACCACAACCACCACAACAACAACAGCAACAGCGGUGGUGGUGGUGGGAAUGGCAACAUUGGGCAUGAGCAUGAGCAUUUUGAUGAUGAUGGGGAUGAAGAAGAAGAUGAUGAAGAAGAAGAGGAAGAUGAUGAUAAUGGUAAUCAUCAUGUUGUUAGCGUUAAGUACGAUCUUAAUGGUACCAUUGGAGAUGGUGGUAACUACGAGGGUAGGGUUAGAUUUGACACUAACGUCUUUGAGAGCAAAGUUCAUCUCCAUGGCCCUUCUGCUGCUGCUGCUACUGCUGCUCCUAGGUCUUCUCCUUCGUAUUGAAGAUCUGUAGAUUUUCACUUGGAAAUUGUUCAAGGUAGGUAGCUAGUCUCUAAUGGGUUGGUUUACUUUUGUGUUUGUUGUUGCUGUUGUUGUUGUUGAUGUGGGGCUUAAUUUUGGGCUACCUGCUUUGUUUCAGCUCCUUAAUUAGUGAUGAGUAAAACUAAUUGCUAAUGGUGAUGAGAGAGGGAUUAGAGAGUUAAGGAACAAAAUGUUCAACUAAUGAUCCUUUUGUUGUAUCAACUUUAAAGGUGUUCUACUUCUAUCAUUUAUGUUAUGGUGUUAAUGCCUGCUAAUUAAAUUGCCAUUGUUUA